UUCCUUCUUUGCUCUUUGUGCCCUCUGCUCUUCUCUGUCCCACCUCAGUUGGGUGGGGAGGGGGGUUAAAAGUAUUGCUGAUUUAAGGUUACACUUGUAUAUGCUUUUAUUCUAUGACUAAUGCUAUAAUUGACACUUAUGUUGCCAUGUCUAAGUCAGAAAAGUAAUCAGGUUACAGUAGAUGUUUUUGCUUAAGCUCAUUUUUCUAGGAAUCCCUAGGUUUUUAGUCAGGCUAAGUGUAAAAAGAAACCUAAUUUCCUUUGUUACUCAAAUGGUUUCCCUGACUGAUUUCUUUGUCAUGUAUACACACAACCAAAUUUGGAAUUAACUUUUACAAGUCCAAGUUAACUCAUUCACAAUCACCUGCUUAAUUGUAACCUGGUUACUUAUGUACUUGACUGUGCUUUUUGGAACAUACUAUGUAGAUACAUGAUACUUUCCAAAAGUCAUAGUCAACAACAGUUUAAGACGUUUUAAGCGUUUAAACAUUUAUUAGUUUUUAUUUUUUAUAAUGCUGGGAAUAAUUCUUUUUUAUUAUUAUUAAAAAUGCUUAAAACCUUUUUGUAAAAAAUUGGAUAAUCUUCCAAACUCUGCUUUUAGGCUGGAGAGAUAUCAAUUACCAGUUUGUAUUCUUGGCCUUGAAUUAAUCGUUGUACUGCAAAUUGACAAAAACAGUAAUGAUAUAAAACUUUUGGCUUGCAAAAUUACUUAUUGUUCUUUCCUUGUGUUUUUCUCAAUUCGUCUUCUACAGCAAGCAAGGAUCUGGCACAGACUUCCUAUUUCAUGGCUACCAACAGGUUGUUAUCCUGCCCCUCCUUUGUUGCACUUUGACUGCACACCAUAGCUUCCUCUAAUGCAGGGUACCCUUUCAGUGUCCAACGGGCCCUACUUGCGCUGGUGGCUAUUGGGAUGCUUGCCUUCUUCCCUCAGCUCCCCUUCCUUGUUCAAAGGAAGUGGGACAGGGUGGCUUGUAGCGUUACCGGCCCCAGACGCAGUGCGGUGUAUUGUACAAGGGACCAUGUGUUGGCACAGAUGGGUUGAAUGCAAAAUGUGAAGUGUAGUGGUGCGCUUGAAACCCACAUGUUUGUUCGGUUGAGAAAAAGUGCAUAAUUCUAAAAGAGAAAGACACUUUGGUAGCCUGAAUAGCAGCUAAAGAUUUCACAGAUGUAAACAUUUCUCGUAGAGGUUCUUCUGUCUACACCUCACAACGUUCUGCCUCCAGUACAAACCCACAGUGAUCGCCUGCGUGUGCAUCCACCUGGCAUGCAAGUGGUCCAACUGGGAGAUCCCAGUUUCCACUGAUGGGAAACAUUGGUGGGAGUAUGUAGACAGUUCUGUCACUCUCGAGUUGCUCGAUGAUUUGACCCAUGAAUUUCUGCAGAUUUUAGAGAAGACGCCAAGUCGCCUAAAGAGGAUACGCAACUGGCGGGCAACACAAGCUGCCAAAAAGCCCAAGACUGACAGUAACCAGUUAAUGGAUAGCCCGUUUCCUGGACCUUCGAUGCUUCAAGGCGAUGCCUCACUUCCUGGACUUUCCUCAUCCAACCCAAGUUUUCCUAAAACUAGUGCUUCCUUCACCGUUGCUGUGCCUGGCCAUUCUGCAGGUGCACCCCUGUCUUUGGACAACUUGGCCAGCACAUAUAAUCAACCUAGCCACAGUGAGUGGCCCCAGGGCAACCAGAGCCAAGCAGGGUACUCUGUUAAACAGGAUGUCCUCAGCAUCCCUCACCAAGAGCAGAUUUUGUCUUUACAGGGUGAGAGUGGAGAAGGCAGGCACCAGGCCCCCCUACAGCCUUCUCUAGCCCAGAAACUGUCUCUGGAGAAAUACAGAGAUAAACAUUCUACAGAGCUGGUUGUCUCUGGUGAGAAACACAGGCAAGAGCAGCAUGGUGGAGUAAUGGACUGUGAUGUGAAGGGGGAAAUGUUGUCUUCCUCCUCUUCUAUCUAUGCACCAUUGUCAAUGAGCCAGGUGGACAAUAGAAAGCAUUCACAACCACACCAAACACCCCAUGCAGUUGGAAGUGGAGGCAGCAGCACAGUCUCUCCAAUGAAACUCAAAGUCUCUUCCUCAGCAUCAACACAAGACAGACGCUAUCAGAGUGACAAACGGGACAAAGGCUCACUGAAACUACGCAUGGCUGUUCCUGGGUCUGGUGGCACCACCCAGCCGGAUAAAUGUGGGCAGCAGAGCAAAGAUGAGCUUAAGAUGAAGAUAAAAGUUGGAUCAUCAGAGCAUCACAGUUCGUCUGAUGAGGGCAUCGCCGCAAACAACAACAAGAAUAAACAUUCCAGCCCCCUAAUUGGCAAGGAGAAACAUCGUGGAGCGGAGCACAGCCUCCAUCGCCACCACAAGCACAGUCAGCCUCUCGCACACAGCGGCAAUGGUCGAGGAGGACUGCAGGGUCCCGUUGGAGGAGGCCUCCUCCGGCUUCAUCCGGGUCUGGCCAGCAUGGAAGGGACAGCGCUUGUUCCCCCUGGAUCCACCUCUCUGUCCUCAUCACGCAAGAGGGUGUACCCUGAUGCCAGCCACAACCACCAUCCUCCUUCCUCAUCCUCUACUUCCUGCUCUAAAGUGAACAAAAUCGCCAAGGUUGGCUCUGGUGCUCCAGGUGGGCUGCGGGCCUCUCAGCAGUACCCUUCUCCUAGCGAGUCACCACAUGAAGUGGGAGAGCAGAGACACUGACUCCACUGGUCUGCAGCCAUGGCCAGCACAUGGAAAUGGCAAACUACUCGCCCUUGAGACACUGAGACUGUGCUAACCUCCUUGUUAAGUGCCCUGGGACAACUCCUUUGUGAUGAUGAACCCUUUACUGAAAGGCAGAAAAACAUACUUGCAAAAAUAUGAAAAGUAGUGUUGGACUGAAAAAUUGCUUCCUGACAGUCGCAUCGCUGGGCUGUGAUGCUUAGCCUUGUUUUUCCGUUAGUUUGAAUAGCUGCUGGUUCUCCUUCCUUCUCAAAUUGGUUUAGGAAUGUGCAAAUGUGGCUGUGUGUAUGUGAUGGGAAUGGGUUGAGUGUCUUUGUUUCAACAGGGCGACAUGCUCUCUGCACUCUUUUCAGAUCUCAUUAUGGGAAAAUGAAUUGAAGUACCAUGAAGGCAUGGAGGACAAAGUCCACUUCGUUUCCUGCUUCUUUUUCUGUUUUAAAACUAAUUUGAGUGACAUUUCAGCCAUUGUAUGGACGAGGCCAAUAGGCCAGCUGCGAAACAGUUCGUUAUAUUAGCUGGCAUUCCAUUUAAUAUCGUGGAUGGAUGUAGUUUUCUUUUAGGUGUUAAAUUUCAUCUCCUUAAUUACUUCCUUAUCCUGAUUUCAUUUUAUACUUCAGUACAGUGUGUAUGAUUUGCAUGUUUCAAUCAUCAAAGGGAUUUAAAGGAGAAAGCUUACUUACUGUUUACAGGAAGUGGAGAUAAAUGUACAUACGUUUUUGUAUGUUUAAAAAAAAAACUAUGACUACUCAGGUUUGGAGCUGCUUGUAAGUAUAACAAGAUAACUAUAAUACCUAUAAAAGACUCUUAUUUUGUUGAA